AUGUUCUCUCAGGGACUCGCAGCGCUGGACAGAGAGGUGGGCUCCGACGAGUUCAUUGUUGCGUUCGGCCCAAUUGGACUUAUCGCAGCAGGCGGAUUCCUUGCGGUGACAUAUCUCCGGAGUCGUGAAAGCACAGGCGACAUCGAUUAUCUUAUUGACCCAGAAUCUGCUGGGGACCAGCACAUCCAGAUUCCCCCGCAGAAGGCCAUCCAGUCUGUUGCGCGCCAGAAGGGCUUCACUAACAAAUGGAUCAACGAGGACAUGGCGAUUUUCGUCACCAGAAAGGCCCGGCAAAGUCUCUUCGAAGCAGCAGAGAAACAGAAUAUCGUGCUUUUCAACGGGGAAAACCUCGAGCUGUUGGCUGCUCCCCUUGAGUGGGCACUGGAGCGAAAGCUGAGAACAAUCCAUACCGCGGACCGGGGUGGAAAAGCGGAGUACGACAUGGAAGACGCACUGGCGCUUCUCAAGGAGCUGAAGCUACGCAACAAAGGCCCGCUUGACGAGGACUCGAUCCGAAGGAUGAACAUGAACGGAUUCGAUGUCCUCCCGAGUCAUGAGACUAUGCAACGGGUGGCGCGGGCUUACCAGCAGAAAUACAUCGGGCAACUCUUCCGCAACCUAUGGGGGCCACGGGUCCUCUUCCGUCUCGCGGUACACAUGUUUACCACUCCUCCAUAUACCGAGACUAAGUCGCCACUUGAUCGCUCGGUGUAA